UGAUUGGUGCUUUCCCUUAAUAUGGCAUGACAGUUCCUGUUACGUGUGCCAUGGCUAUGUUUGUACACUAACACAAUGUGCUCAGACACGGGGACUGCAAUGAAAUAAACCUCAGGAGCCUUUUAAUAAACAAAACGGUCAGCGCGAGCAUGGAGCCAGCCAGCCUGGAGAACCUGCGCGUGCUGUAUCACAGUCCUGACUUCAUUGUGGUCAACAAGCACUGGGACAUCCGUAUCGACAGCAAGAUGUGGUACGAGAAGCAGACCGUGCAGAGCCAGCUGCGACACCGCUUCCCUGAGCUGGCCGACCCUGGUACAUACUACGGAUUCAGGUUUUGUCACCAGCUGGAUUUCUCCACCAGUGGAGCGCUGUGUGUGGCCCUGAACAAGGCUGCUGCUGGGAAGGCGUACCGCUGCUUCAAGGAACGCCUGGUGACCAAGGCCUACCUCGCUCUGGUCAGAGGGUUGGUGGACUGUGGCAGGAUGACUCUGGAUUUCUCCAUUGGUAAAAACACCUCAGAGGGGAAGACCCACAUGAUGUGCAUAGCAGGAGCGGAGGGCUGUGAGAACCCCAAGCCGUGCCAGACGGAGCUUCAGGUGCUGGAGUAUGGCUCGUACAGUGGAGACCCGGUCACCAAAGUCCUGCUGCAGCCUCUCACUGGCCGGACACACCAGCUCAGAGUGCACUGCAGCGCAAUCGGUCACCCCAUCGUGGGCGACUUCACGUACAGCCUGCGGACGGACAGCGCCCCCUACCGCAUGAUGCUGCACGCGUACCUGCUGCGCAUCCCGCUGGACCCCGAGCCCGUGGAGGUCACCGCACCGGACCCCUUCCUGCCGUCGCUCGACCCCCACUGGGCCCCUCAGAGCCAGCUCUGCACGUUAGAGGCUGCCCUGCUGGGCCUGCUGCAGCCUGCCGUGGGGGAGGGGGAGGAGCAGAGCCCACGGCAUUCUGGGAUAGAGAAGAGAAAGAGCCCCCCAGUGGAGACGGAAGAACAGAUUGCCCAGUGCCAGCAGUGGCUGUGUGAGUGGGGUAUGGACUGAACACACAGACACACACACACACACGUGUGCGCAUACACACACAUACGCUCAUACACAAACUUGCACACAGUGGUAGAUUUCCCUUCCUCCUGCAGCUCUAGAUCACUGCAGUUAUUUCCCAUUUCUCCCCCUGUGAUGUGAAAUGGUGUCUUUGCCUUUUACCCCUCCUGGGGGUGGGGCAGUAGGGUGGAGCUGGGCAGUGCAGUGGUGUUGGGCAGACCAGAGCAGGGCGGAAUGGUGUAUCAGUGUUUAUUCAACCUCCUCAGCACCAGGACAUUGCUUUUAAAUAUUUUAAUCAGCCUGACAUCAGAAGUUGUUGACUAUACUGUACAAAGUACAUAACAUAUGAGGACAUGUGAAUAAAUGGGUCAUGUGCAAGCUAAUUUACAAAACUAUAUUUUGAAACACAGUGGCCUGUGUUGACAAUUUUAUAUUUUAGGCUAAAGGAAGACCAGUUAUGUUGGCAUGUUUGAGUGAAAAUGAAAGGUUUCUGCACACAACGCACACGUGCCUGAGGGUGUCAUGUGACCUUUUUUAUGGGCUGUCUAGGAAAGAGACACUGUACGCAUGCCUGGCACCUGUAUCCAUCAUUCUUUGUGAAUAUGUCUGGUUUUUCGGAAAUUUAGAAGACGAUGUAAUAUAAACAAUUUUGGAAAUAGAGUUUGCAAGCAGCCUUGGAGGCCUCUAAUCCCUGUUCAACCCAAUAAACAUCCCAAAAUGAUUCAAAACUACAUCAGACCUACAACCCGAGUGCGAAGUUUGGAACUUUUAUAACCAGCACUGAGGAAGAAAUGGCUGAACACCAUGUA